UUGUCUCUCUGAGAAAGAGAGAGAGCGAAAUCAGUGUGACCGAAGAAUGCAUUGGUAUUGCUGUGUAAAAUCGAAGACGCGUCGUGCAAAAUCUAAACAAAAAAAUAAAGAAAAUAAUGCCAGCGACUGGUGCUAAUACAACAGCUGCCGCAGCCGCUGCUGCUGCUGGAAACGACAACGUCGGCGCCGGCGUUGGGGAAUCGACGGUGUUUCGAGCGUGCAGCACCAGCGGCUGCCGGGUGAACAAAUAUGUGGAGGUGACCAAGCGCAAGUGCUCUCAAUUUGUAUCGGAGCCUCACAUCAUGGAAAAGCCACUGAUGGUGCACGGCAAGACAGCGAUAUUCCAGGUGGCCGGCGAGUUGGCCAGAUUGGGUGACAUUCCAUCGCUGGCAUCUAAAACCGACUCCGUCUCCAGUGGCCAGCCCAUCUAUCGCAUCAAACCGGGCACCCACGCACACGUCAUCAAUUACGUGUUCGUUGACGAGGGCUCCGACUCUAUGGAAAAGGCCAAAUGCGAGGAUCAAGAGGCAAUGCGCGUGUUGUUGGACGCACAGCGUGACAGUGCCGCAGCAAAGCUACAAAAAUUAAUAAGUACACAUCGAGGCGCUGCACAGACCACAGUGGCUGCCUCAGCUGCUCCGCCGCCAGCUCCAGCUCCAGCGGCAACACUAGACCCAACACUUGCGACUUCUGCUCCAUUUGCAACAACUAAUCCUAAUCGCACGUGUAUUGCAACAAACAGUGUACACGUUACCACACCUCAAAUUCAUCCAGAUUUGUCCAUAGCCAGCGUUGCAGGUGCCUUGCCUCUGUCCGCUUCACUCUCCCCCGCACCCAAAACCACAUUCGCCGCACCUGCCUCUCCUGCUCCAACAGUCGUCCAACCGAAAAGGGCUAAAACAACGGAAACAGAAGACAACACCGUUCCUUAUCUACAGGCCGAGAUUCUAAAGCUGCGCCGCCAAGUGGCACAACUGAACGGUAAUGCACCUCGCUAAAUGACUUAAAUACUCCUUAUAUUUAGUUAUAGAAACUUACUCAUUAUACCAAAUCUAUUUAAAUGUUUAAUUCAAAAUAUGUCAUUCAUUUAAUUUUAACAAGUUACUGUUAAUAAACUGAAUUGUCUAACUUUACCAAAUACUAA